AUGUCGGGAUCAAAUAUUAGACAGAGGAAAGAGAAGGAUACUUCAAAAUCAAACAUUCAAUCUUCAAAUUCAAAAAACCCUUUAGUUAGGAGAUUAGCAUAUUAUCAUGAAUUAGAUGAAUGGCAGCAAGAUAAUCAUUAUAUAAAAUCUGGUUAUGUUAAAGGUACAUCUUCAUAUUUGGAAAGUUUUAAAUCUUUAGGUUAUUUACAUAAUGAAACAGUUAAUAUUUAUUCACAUCUUAUACCUUCGAGUAUAUCAUUUUGGAUCAUUUUAUAUUAUAUAAAUUUUCAAUUGACUCAAUAUGAAAAUUAUCUUGGAAUUUGGGAAAAAUUGAAUUUCUUACAAUUCGGAUUAGCAUGUACGUUUUUUUGUACAAUAUUCACAUUACAUCCUGAAUUUUCAAAAAAUUAUUAUAGACCAUAUAGAUCAACAAUGUUUAUACUAUUUGGACUUUCAGGAGUUUUACCCGUAGCAACGGGAGUUUAUGAGUUUGGAUUUGAAACAACAAAGCAAAGAUGUGGUAUCAUCUGGUUAAUUUUAGAAGGAUUUUUUUAUAUUUUAGGAGCUGUGUUAUAUGCCAUUAGAUUUCCAGAAAGAACUACACAUGUUGAAGAAGACGAACAACUGUUAUUAGAUAACCCAGUGGCUGGUAAAUUUGAUAUUUUCGGCCAUUCUCAUCAAAUUUUCCACAUUUUUGUUGUGAUAGCUGCUUUCUGUCAUUGGAAAGCUUUGGUUCAAUGUUAUCAUUAUUUGCAUCAAAAUAUUUUACAGUAG